AUGGAAAAGCUGCAGCUGCCAGAAUGGAACGAUAUCGAAAGAUAUUUUAAAGACCCCGAGUUGAUCACGGCGGAAAUCCUGUUUGUGGGUCUGACCCUGUGCAACGUAUUUGUUAUGUACCGCCUGUUCCUAGAUGUGAUUCCUUUCCCCAUUUUCGUAACAUGGUGGCAGUUGGCUCAGGGGUUGCUGGUUGCCUAUGUGUGUGGGGAGUUAGGAAAGGAGUUCCCCAAAUUUGCCUAUUUCCCAAAAGUAGAAAUAAGUGAGAAUAUGCUGAAGGUGUUAUUUGUGCCGUCUAUCUUUUACUGUCUAAUGUUAGUAUUGUCUAAUUAUUUGCUCUUUAAGACCCCUUGUAUAGCGUCCUACCCAGUGCUCGUCAGUUUCACGGUAGUGUUUCACCACCUCACUCGUUUUGUUGGGUGCGGAGAGGAGUACAUGCCUCUAAGGUGGAAGUCAAUCGUGUUCCUCCUAGCCGCCUUUGUAAUUGGGUGCUUCGAUUCCAAGACCACAGGGAAAGGAGUGCUCAUAUGGGCUCUACUGUAUGCCCUCUUUUCAGCAAUUUUUAGAGCCGGCUUUAUGCAAAAAAUAAUGCACCUUGUAGAUGGCAAAGGGAAUACAUUACACAAUAACCAGCACCUCCUAGGGGUUCUACUCCUACCUAUCCUGAUUGUCCUGUCUGGAGAAUGGGCCGUCUUUGGACACAUGCCAUAUAACAUUAUGUCUUUACACACCUGGCAGAUGUGGGGUUGUUUAAUCACUGUAGGUGCUUUGCCAUUUAUCAAAAAUGUAAUUUCAAAUAGAUUGGUUAGAAGAACAGGACAAGGCCCAUGGAGAUUUCUAGAAAUCAUAUCCAUCGUGUUGGUAUUUUUCAUCGGGAUGACUUACAAUGCGCCUUCCUUUUUAGGAUACGUCGCCAUCAUCUGCGUAAUUAUUGGUCGCUCCUUGGGUGCCUUCGAUGUGAUGCUUAACGCAUCUGACUAUAUGAUGGCGGAAGACGAGAGGAAGAGAAAAACGUCCAAAGCGAACUACGCCAAGAGCAGCAGACAGGGGACGCAGGCAUCCAAGCCGUUUCUCUACUCGGGGGAUAACGAAGACGAUGAGGAGGAGAGCUCCUUCAGCUCGAACGACAGCAGAAGCUACCAGGGGUCUCAGGACUACGACGAUAAGGAUAGCGUGAAUAGCAGCUCCCAACAGUAUAGCGUCCACAAGGGGACCAGCCGAAUGGACAGCUCUUCCAACAAAACCAGCCACGCGGGGAUGUCCGGGGACGAGAGCCGCCGGGGCAGCAGGAUGAGCGACGCCAAGGCCGGCGGCCGCGGCGCCAGCUUCCAGUCCAAGUCCAAGCUGUCUCGCAACUACUCCAGCAAGAAGCAGGAGCUCGUCGACUCGCAGGCGUAG